AUGCGGAAGUUUACCGUCGCGAGCCAGCAAAGUGACAGCGACUCCGGGCGUUUUUCGGGAGGUGCUGCCUCUGCCAAUUCUUCCUUUCGAACUCAGGAGACUAAGCCUCCAAUGUACAUACUUGUUCAUGUGGCCGCGCUUGACCGAUCAAUUUAUCUUUCGGUCGCCAAAGAGGCUCUCGUUUGCCAUAUAAAACAAAAACUUCUUGAACAGUUUGGUGACCUUCUAAAUGAUGCGCUGAAUUUUGGAUUAUUUCUUCCUGCCAUGAAUGGGCGCAAUGGAAAAUUUCUUGAAGAGGACAGAUUGGUGUCAGCAUAUGUUACCAGUGAAACAACUGCCGCACUUGAAUUUAUUUAUAAGAAGCGUAUCAAUACGGGCUCUGCACAUACGCCAACGCAGCAGGACAUGAUAAAACACCACCUCCCACAGAGUUUCUUACGUUACGUAACCCGUGGUGAUACGAAAAAGGUUGAAAAGCUUCUCGCCAAUGGACUCGAUCCGAACUUUGUAUGUCAGCGUUCGGGAGAAUCCCCACUCGCAAUUGCAGCAAUGCGAUCAAAGCCCUCAGCCCUUAUUGGAAUCCUCAUUGAAGGAGGCGCUCACAAGGACUUUAGAAGUCGUGGCGGCAUAACACCUCUCCACAAAGCGGCCGCGAUAGGAAAUUUUGAGGCAGUUAAAUCUCUGCUAGACUUCGGUCAAUCACCCAAUAGUCUUGAUGCAAAUGGCCUCACACCGCUUUACCACAAUAUUCUUGGGGAUGUAGACACUCGCAUUUGUCACCGACUUCUCUAUGAGCAUGCCCAGAUUGGAAUUGAAGAUGUCAACGGUCGACAGGAAAUACAUCAAGUGAGUGCCGGUGAAGCCGCAAUUUUGGGACGGAUAGAACAGCUAAAUCUGCUCAUAAUGUAUGGAGCAGAUGUGAACGUGCGCUCCUCACCGGGGCGUCAGACGGCCAAUCGUCCGGCCCUGCCCGUGAGGACGACCAAGAGUCCAACCAGACAGCAGCGUAUUGAGGUUGCGCGUGCUGGCCAGACA